AUGCAGCCACCAUCCUCUCUAUACUCCUUUUCAUCUUGCACCAGCUCUUCCAAUUUGUCUUGCUCCUCCUCUCCCUCUCGAUCUACAACGUCUUCCUCGUCACCAAUUUCAUCACAUUUCCAUGCGGCAACCUCUCCAACCCCGUCGGCUACUACCGGUGAAACAGCCGUCACUUAUUCCGGAAGUUUUACAACAGCUGAAUUCACUGCCUCUCUUCCAUCAGGACAACUGGUUAAGCCGCCAUCAUCUCGUAUUGUAUUGUCUUCCUCUCCGGAGCUGUUUGAAUCUCGUUCCUUCUUUGGAGAACGAACCUGUACCAUUGACCUACCUCGACUAUCAAGGAAACGAAAAAGUUCAACUAAAACCCUCGAUACUUCUACAACCACUAUAAUUGGGAUCAAUGCUGGCCGCAACAUUCAUGGAGGCUGUCAUAUCACAUCGUCUGUAGGUCAUGGGGGCCGGCCUCGGAGAGGCACGCGUAGAAUAAUGAGAACGUCCGAACCCGGGCUGGAAGUUAAUUUGGCCCAAUCUGGGAACUCAGGUUUGAUUACGGCAGUGGCCGGCCAUCAUCUCUUAAAAGAAGAGGAGAACAUGCUCGAAAGAAAGCAGGUGAAGAUGCUAGAAGGAAAUGAUAGCACAGAGGCCCUCGAGACAGGUCAUACAUUCACUCAUCCUACAGUUGCUGUUGAUGAUGAUACAAUUAGAAGGGUGGAAAACGGCCAGAGUAAGAAGAAGGAAGAAGCUACAAUUCACGAAACACCAGAAACGCAUAGUCUUUUGAAUGGUUUGGAAGUACAUGAUUUGGAUAUUGUCUGGAUGGAUACUAAUAUGAAGACAAACGAGGAUAGUCGUUUUCAGAAAGCAGAUUUAGAGUUGGCUGAUUUGACGGGCGGAUUACGGGUUCUCCUGGUUCAAGAGAUGCAUUUACGUGCAGGGACACUCUUCUUGGGUUAG